AUGCCGUUGCUUGUUCUCACAAGCCGGGCGUUUUACUUGGUCCCGAGUUUUGGGUUACGCCGUUGCUUGUUCUCACAAGCCGGGCGUUUUACUUGGUCCCGAGUGAAAACGAGCGCGUCCUCUUCCGCAGCGUUACGUAAGCGUUGCGAGAAGUGGUUGCUCGCCAGUGUUUUCUCCCCUCAGCCACGAAAAGGGGGUUGGGUUGACUUAUCCAUAACAGCGAGUUACAGCUUGUUGUUGUUUCAGGUUUUGGGUUACGCUCCUGACUUUGUCUCCGCCGCAGUGGCUCCCUACAUAAAAGACCUUCACAGGAAAGGUGUUCGCGUCAUCAGUAAUGCCGGAGGAAUUAACCCACUUGCUUGUGCGGCUGCCCUUCAGGAGGUGGCAAAGAAAGCAGAUGUUGACUUGAAAAUAGCCGUUGUUGCUGGAGAUGACCUAAUGAGUGAGAAAGAGAACCUGAAAGGAGCUGGUAUCACUGAUUUAGAGAGUGGCAAACAAUUUCCAGAGAGCGUUCACAGCAUGAAUGUGUACCUUGGAGCAAGACCAAUAAGCAGGGCUCUUGACCUUGGAGCUGAUAUUGUUGUGACUGGUAGAUGUGUUGACAGCGGGAUUGUAUUGGGACCCCUCAUUCAUUCAUUUGGCUGGAAUAGGGAUGAAUUUGACUUAUUAGCUGCAGGAAGCCUUGCAGGUCAUCUCAUUGAAUGUGGUGCUCAGUGUACAGGUGGAAUAUUCACUGACUGGCAUGCAGUACCCGACUGGCAUAACAUAGGCUUUCCCAUUGUAGAAUGUACCUCUGAAGGAGACUUCGUUAUUUCCAAACCGCCGGACACGGGGGGGCUAAUCUCUUUUGGCACUGUGGCCGAACAAUUGGUGUAUGAAGUGGGCAACCCUCGGCGUUAUCUCUUACCAGAUGUCACGUGUGACUUUUCUGAAGUUUCCAUCACUGAAAUUCCAGGUAUUGAAGGUGGGGCAGUGAAAGUUCAUGGAGCAAAAGGAUCACCUCCUUCAACAUUUUAUAAGGUAAGUGCCACUUACCUUGAUGGUUUCAGAGCUACUGCUGUCUGCCCAGUGGGAGGGCCAAAGGCUGUACAAAAAGGAAAACACACGGCGGAAAGUAUUCUGAAACGGACUCGUCUUAUUUUCAGUCAGCUUGGGUAUGAAGAUUACAGUGCAGUUAACGUACAGGUUUUAGGGUCUGAAGAUGCAUAUGGACCUCAUGCUAGAAGAACUAUAGAUGGUGGUCCUCGGGAAGCUGUUAUUUGGCUUGCUGUACACCAUAAGCAAAAAGAGGCUGUAGAAAUCUUCUCCAAAGAGAUUGCAGCAGCUGGAACUGGAAUGGCCCCUGGUCUCACUGGAGUUGUUGGAGGGCGUCCCAGAGUGUCUCCAGUUUUGAAACCAUUCUUCUUCCUUUAUCCCAAAAGCAAUGUCCAGUGCCUAGCACAGAUCAACCUAUUUUUAAAUGGACAGCAUGUUGAGACAUUUGAGGAAGAUCUCACGUUUACAUCAGAUGAAGUUGUUACCUUUGAUCCACCUAAGAUUAACAGUGAAUUGAAAGAUCUGCCAAGCGGUCCGCAUACUUAUCGCUUAGAAGACCUUGCCUACACUAGAAGCGGAGACAAAGGCAAUUCUGCAAACAUAGGUGUGAUAGCACGGCAUCCCCUCUACUAUCCAUACCUAAAGAAAACUUUAACUGCUCAGGCCUUGGAGGACUACUUCCAACACCUUUUAGAGCGGGAACAACCUGAAGAAAAACUAGUAACAAGAUAUGAGUUGCCCGGAAUCCAUGGAUUAAAUUUUGUUCUGAAGAAUGCCCUUGGUGGUGGUGGCAUAGCAUCCCUAAGAAGUGACCCACAGGGCAAAGCACUUGGACAGAUGUUGUUGGAUUUCCAGAUAAAGAAUGUUCCUGAUUUAAAAUCACUAAUAGAAUAACAGGUGUUUGAUACAUACACUUUUAACACUUUGAGUAGUAUAAAAACAUGUUAUAAACAAAAACUGGCUUAUUGAGAUAGAUAUUAAAAAGCUACAGAGGGGAAACUAGCAACAGUUAUCUCUCAGAGGCUUAGCUAUAUGGCACAGAUUAGCAAAUGUUUUGAGUUAUACCAGACUAAUAUCUUUGUCUGUGACUGAUAACAUCUCCUGUCUAGAUAAUACAUUGGAUGAAGAAUUAAUUUAUUUCCUGUAAAAUAAAAUCAAUUAAAUUGCAACAUAACAAUUAUAAGACAAGAAGAUAACCCAGUGUUCCAUGACGAAAGUUAUAUCCUGUUCAGUCACCUUUCUUUUCCUUCUUUAAAUCUUUAUUUGAAAAUUAAAUGGACCACUAUAGUUGAGUUUGUGUCAACUGUAUUUGCCCUGUGCCUAGAAUGAAGCUGGAUCACCUGCUAUGUAUCACUGUGAAGUCAGCACUGUCUAGUACUGAAGAGCAGUUUUUCCCAAUAGGACCAUAAAAAUGUAGUAAUUGUUAUUGCCAUAUAGUGACUGAUAGUAAAUACUGACAUUUGGUAAUGCACUAAACUUCCAGCACUUUGUCUAAUUACUGAAAAUCUUUUUAUUUUUACUGUUUUCAACAUCUCUUACUAAUUAAUCCAUCAGUUGAAAAGCACUAAAUGAUAAUUAAUUGGAGUUCUUGGCACUGGAAUAAAUUUCAAAAUAAGGAUGGGAGAAUGCUGUGAGCAAGACUGACUGCUGCCUCUCUUGUGAUGAUGCAGUCCUAGCAAGGAGAAAGAGGCCAGGGUGGCGGAGGGGUGCCGCCUUUUGUUUCACCACUGUUACAUCUUCAUUUUGAAUCACAGUUGCACCUGGAUUAAGCUAAUUUUAACUGUUACUUGUGUUGUCCUUCGCACAGAAAGGUCCACAAACCUUUCACAGGAAGGUCUGCUCCCUGCCAUGAAGGGAGACCAUGUUGAAUGCAGUGCAUUAUGUCUCGGUUCUGACUCCUGGUUAUCAUCUUCCUUGUUCCCUUUCUCCAUCCAUCCUUCCCCCUUUCUGGGAAGCAUUACCACCACAUAUAAAUUAGGAUACUCCUAAGCAAACAUCUGCAUCUGACUAAGCAGAGACUCAGAGACCCAUAUCAUAGUUCCUGGAAUAGUACUGAGAUGGUGGAAAUUCUGGCCCACUAACUGUCUGUAUUUCCUCUGCAGUAAGGCAUAUAAAUAUUACUCUGACUGUACAGACAUACAGACAUUCAGAAAUAUAUCUUUUCCUUUAUUUUGGGGAGGUUGUAUUAAUUGUUCAAUGCUGACAGAAUGAAGCAUUGCUAAUAUUGGAUGAAGUGAUGAAAGCAAGUAUCUUGUAAACUUCACUAAACUUCCCUGUCAGUAUUCCUAAGUCUUGAUCUGUGCUACGAUGACUAUUAAUUUCCUAGCCUCUUAUUAACGAGGACUAUACACUGAAUUGUUCCCAUCUCAUCUUUUUUUUCUUUUUUUUUUUUUUUACUUGACUUGAAGGUAUCAUAAGUGAAAUCUCUAUGCAAGUUGGCAAUAAUCUUCCAUUGAAUUCAAUGGAACUAUGAUUUAACCACACGUCUUCAUUUGCGAUGUAAACAUGUUAUUCUCUUACACAGACAGUGCUGAUGACUGGCUAUACAACACAAUUCAGUCUGGUUGUCACAAAAAAAGUAAAGUUAUGACUUCAUCCCAUAAAAAUAACAACUUUAUAAUUUUAAAGGGGAAGUGGCAUGCUAUUGCUAUCAUGUUUACAUUCAUUGUUUAUUAGAAAACUGCUGUUAAUAAUUUGAAAGCUUAUUUGUUUAGCAAACAAAUAAAAGCCAUUGGGAGGAAAUUAAAAAAAAUAGUGAUAGAUCUCGGUAACAAGCCUACAAGGAUUAAAAAAAGGCUACACUAAAUAUAUGCGGUUUACUCAAUAUGCUGUUUAAGUGACUCUGUAAAUGCAUAUGCAACUGUUUUGGAAUUAAAGUAAACUUUGAUCAAGUACA